UAAUUUUCAAAUAACACCAAACCUGUUGCACUAAUUUAGCUUCAGUCGAAGCCGAAAGAACAUAUGCAACUAACUUGUUACCCUUUCAUAUUAUAUUCACAGCAUUACUGUGGCUACAGGCAAAGCUGUGUGUGUACCCACAGUUUAUUCUCCCUACUUUUAAACAUAGCACAAGAUAAAGAGCCAUUGUGUUCUUCAUUUACCUUUCACCAAGUGAAUCUUCUCAAGAACCAAACUUGAAACUGUAGAUGGCUGUACAUGUGUUCAAGUUUUUUUUUUAAGUAGGAUGUACAAUGUCACUUCAGGCUGGCCAAUGAAACGCAGUCUUGUGUCUUAAGAGUGGAGAGAGUAUCAAGAUCAUUUUCACUCAACUCAAGAAUUCGAACAAGAUGACGUCUCCAAAGUUGGUCUUUUAUCUGACGUGUUUGUUCUUAGGAACAAUCGCUCAGACGACUGAUCGGAAACUAUCCUCAAGUGUUCGCCAAGAGAAACGUUAUAUAUCUGCUAUUGUUGGAGUAAAUGUGACUUUGCCAUGCUACAAAGAAGAUGAUGAUACAAAUCGGCUUUACUGGUUCAAACAAACUCUGGGACAGAAACCAAGGCUCAUCUCAUCCGUCACUCCUUAUGAUGCAAGACCCACUUUUUAUGAUGAAUUCAACAACAAGUUACGCUUCACACUUGAUCACGGAAAAAGUACAAAUCACCUGACGAUUUUAAAUGUGCACAUUUCAGACUCAGCCAUUUACUACUGUGCAUUUACCAAUCGAUAUGUGGUGAAUUUUGCCGAAGGCACUACUAUCAGUGUCAAGGGUUCUGGUUUGAACCCCCCACCUUCGGUCCAUCAGUCAGCAUCUGAGAUCAUCCAGCCAGGAGACUCUGUGACUCUGAACUGUACAGUACACACUGGCAGCUGUGAUGGAGAACACAGUGUUUACUGGUUCAAAAACUCUGAGGACUCUCCAGGACUCCUUUACACCCGUGGAGGCAGUCAGUGUGAGAGGAAACCCAACACACAAACACACACCUGUGUGUACAACCUGCCAAUGGAGAGCCUGAAUCUUUCUCAUGCUGGGACCUACUACUGUGCUGUUGCCUCAUGUGGACACAUACUGUUUGGAAAUGGGACCAAGCUGGAAUUAGAAGAUGAGGUCGACUCUCUUGUGUAUUUCUUGAGUGGAGCUUUAGCGUUCAACUCCAUUCUGGUCGUUUUACUGGCUUUCUUAUUGUACAAGAUGAAAAAGAGAAACAUCUGUCAAUCAAUGGAGUCUGAAGCAAGAUUAUCAACUCCCUCUCCAGCAAAUGCAGAGGGUUACCAGGAUGCAGGCAGCCUCCAUUAUGCUGCUGUAAGUGUCAAUGUGCCCAACAGAUCAAGACGACAGAGGAACAUCCCCAACGAUGAAUGUGUGUACUCUGGUGUCAAGCUGUAGACAAACCAUGUUUCAUUACUUUAGUUAAUCAAAAUUGGAUUAGUGAUGUUUGAAAUGUGAUAUAGAUUUUAAAGUAGAUUUUAGAAUGUUGUGCUUUAUAUGUUUUCUUAUGUCCAUUGUAUCUCCUCAGUAUUCAAAACUGACUCAAAUAUUAAAUGGACACUUUGG